UAAAACCCACUGGAGCUCAUUCCUCUCUGCCUCAUUUCAAAGCUUCCUUCUAAUUCUCUCUCUCUCUCCUACUGCCUUUAUCAUGGCACCAAAGAAAGUAGAGCCCAAGAAGGAGGCAAAUAAAGCAGUUGCAUCUGAACCAGAGAAGCCCAAGGAUCCUGACUUUGACCCAAAGAGCAUUGCAAUUGAGUUCACCACAGAUCAGAUUGAAGAGUUCAAAGAGGCCUUCAUGCUGUUUGAUAGAACACCUAAUGGAGAAAUGAAGAUCUCUUACUCUCAGUGUGGAGAUGUGAUGAGGGCUUUGGGCCAAAAUCCUACCAACUCUGAAGUCAUGAGGGUGCUGGGUAAACCAAAACCUGAAGAACUGAACACCAAGCUCAUGGACUUUGAGACCUUCCUGCCCAUGUUCCAGCACGUGUCCAAGUCAAAGGACCGCGGCACGUUUGAGGACUUCGUGGAAGGGUUGCGGGUCUUUGACAAAGAAGGAAAUGGCACCAUAAUGGGAGCAGAGCUUCGGCAUGUUCUACAGACAUUAGGGGAGAAAAUGUCAGAACGGGAGGUCGAACAAGUGCUGGCAGGACAAGAGGACGCUAACGGCUGCAUCAACUACGAAGCUUUUGUUAAAUACAUCAUGUCUGGAUAAACUUGAUAUCAGAGGAUUUUCAGUCCUGCAGUGUCUGGAACCCCCCAAAAAAUUGGAGAACAAAUCUAUUCACACAAAUGUAUUUUUUCCCCAUAAUUUAAAAAAAUUAUUCAAACGGGGGCAGUGGUGGCUUGGCGGUUAAGGCUUUGGGUUACUAAUCAGAAGGUCGGGGGUUCAAGCCCCAGCACUGCCAAGCUGCCACUGUUGGGCCCUUGAGCAAGACCCUUAACCCUCUUUGUUACAUAGGUGCUGUAUCAAGGCUGACCCUGUGCUCUGACCCCAACUUCCUAACAAGCUGUGGUAUGUGAAGAAAAAUAAUUUCACUGUGCUGUGAUGUAUAUGUGACCAAUAAAGACUCAUUAUAAAUUGUGUAA